AUGAAAUCACAAUUCUUAACCAUCGUGGCUCUUAGCCCGCUAGCUGCCUACGCUUUACCACAACACCAUCGCAAGUGUGGCAGCAAGCCAACAACAACAGUGACCACUGGUGAUCCGCUCAGCGAAAUUACCAGCUUCACUACUGUCCCGGUCGAAAGUCUGCCCAAAAAGACUUACUCAACUGAUUAUGAGACACCACCAACAACCAUAGAGACUCCUACAUCAACCAUAACUACACCGCUAGCAUACAGCGAUGUCACGACAUUCAGCGUGGUCCCUCUUGAAAGUCUCGCAGACCAAACAUACCAAGAUGGCUACGUUGUAUCAACUGUAACCACAGGUUUGCCGCUUACCGAGGUAACGAGCUUCACUGUCGUACCAGUAGAGAGUAUUCCGACCACAAGCACUUUCUUAACAUUCACAAUCACGCCUACCGAAACGCCAACACCUGCCUCAUCAUCUAGCGCAGCUAGCUAUGUGGUCGACGGGGCCUACGCCAAAGCCACACCUGUCGCCUACAAAGUCAAAGCAACCGAGCAAUGCGGGAACGACGACCGGCUGAUCCUGCCCGGUCAGCCCUGGACCGUCGCCAACUCAAUGUACAACGCAGACCAGAUGGUGGGCAAGCAGUGCACGAACUUUGACAGCAUCCUCGAGACUGCGGACGGCAUCAAGGAAGUCAAGUGGACGAGCAUCACGGACAUUAAGAAAGUGGAGGACACUGCGGACGUGUGCAAGGGGUACACCAACGUCGGCAUCGGCAAGAAUCUGAACAAGAAACUCAAGGAUAUCAAGUCUAUCCCGGCCUACUUUCAAUGGGACCGCACCAACACUACUGAUUUCAGGGGAAGCAACCUCUUCGACUUCAUCACAGCACCAACAGAAGGCGACUUCAAAUCAACCGCAACCUCCGAGUUCAUGCUCUGGGUGCGCAUCUGGGGUGGCCAGGUGCCCAUCGGGUACUCGCGCGGGCCCGUGGCGACCUUCGACAUGUUCGGCGCCAGCUGGAAGCUAUACGAGGGGAAGAACCCGGCCAACGGCGUGACAGUGCGCAGCAUGCUCGUCGACGAGAACUACGACGGCGUGUUCCAGGGCGACCUCAAGGAAUGGCUCGACGCGAUGGCGGACAAGGGGUACAUCUCCUCUGACCAGUACGUGACGGUGGGCAACGCCGGCACUGAGGUCUUUUACGGAAACGCUGUCAUGAAGGCCACGGUUGCGUUGGAUAUCAACUAGUUAAUGCCGUCAUCAAAGAGAUAAAAAAAAUUAGAAAGAAAGAGAAAAUUAUAUAUAUAGCUACGAAGAUACGGCUUGGUCGGAAUGUGGAACGUUCUAGGUAGGCUGGCUGAAUUUGUACAUUGCCCCUUCGAUUCUAAAAACCCCUUUAUAUAUUCCCGGUAGCAAUGCGUUAUUACUUCCUAAACGUCUCUUCAUCC